UCUGAAUCCAGGAUGCGCGGCGGUGUUGACGAAGAGAUGGCCGAGAGGAAUCGGUGGAUCCAAGCGGAACAGAAAAAAAUCAACGACAGUGUCAUGGGUGAGUUAAAAAAUUCGUUACUCAAGGUGGGCUCGAAAUGGCCACCCUUAUUCCCUUUGACUCCUUUCACCUGUUCUGUUCCUCGGAUCUCGGCCUUUGUUUACCUGUCGAACGUCGCGUCCGCCCUCGAAAGCCCUGAUAAACAAAAGGAAGCUGUGCAAACCGGUCGGGUCCGAAAAGGAGGCGACGGAUAAGAAGAAGAAGAAGGAGAAGGAAGAGGAGGAGGAGAAAGAGGAGGAGAAGGAGGAGGACGAAGAAGUCGCCACGAAAUCAAGCGUGCGCACCGCAACGAGGAGCAGCGGACUGGUAAGAACUAGUUUCGUCAAGGUCUGGUACAGAAUUCGUGCUUUGAAUAAUAUCACCACCAUCGGUCCCGUCGGCUGUUUGAUCAUUCACUACGUAAAACCCGCACACCUCCUGAUCUUCUGCACCUAUGAUACCGGCCAUGAUAAACACGCUAAAGCUCGACCUGGAGAGGAAGAAAAAAUCCGAGGAGCGAACCUUCCUCGGUUCCUGCGACUCUCCAUCGUCAUCAUCAUCGUCGGGAGACGAACAGCUCGCGAACGACGAAGAAAACGAACGCGCGCGGCAAAAAGGAGGCGAGGAAAGUGACGGAAGGAGGCCAAUGGCGGAGCAAGAGAGAAAAGUUUCCGAUGGAAACAACGAGGAGCUUCUGCUGCCCUGGAAAGUCGAGGUUCGAGAAGAGAUCCAACCACGAACGCUGAUCGAAGAAAUAUCGGGAUCCGAACAAUAUAUCGCUGACGCGGAAAGAAAGUGCCAUGGGAAACAAAUUUUGGAUAAUUGUAAAAGCACACACGAUCCACUCAGUGUUUGUAUCGCCGAUAAGAAGACUGCUACUUGUAGAAAAGUGGCAUUGGAAUCACAAAUAGGAAAAGAACAGACAGUAGGUCUACAAGAAUCGAUCAAUGACAAUAAUGAAACGAACGAUCGUAAAAACGAAGGAACAUCUAUCUGUUCAGUAUCAUGCGACACAUCGGAUUUGAACCAGAUAUUAGAAGAAAACUACAAACUCGCAAAUGCAGUCACCAAUGUGACAGACGAUGUAUCGAGUAAAAAUAUCAAGAGCUAUCCAAGAAAAAGCAAGGAAUAUCCGUUCGGUUCUAAACUUAGCAGCAUCCGAGAAGAAAUGAGAGAAUUUUACGACAGUAUGGAUAGGUUUGUUGACGAAAACAAGAUAGUGUUCAAGAACGGCGAGGUGGAAGGAUUCUGGGGCGAAAGAAAGAUGGUAGACGAGAAUUUGCAAACUGAUUUCACUGAUGAUAGCAAGAUCCAAGAAAACGAGACCAAGGUUUCCGCAAGCGAGGAAAAUAAACUGCGAUGGUGGAGCACCAAGGAAAGAAAACUGAAGGUCGGAGAGAUCUUAAAGAACCGGGAGGACGAAGCAAAGAAAAACAAAAUAGAAACAGAAGAUGCAGAAAUAAAUGAUAAAUCCAAUUCGGAAGAUAAAAAGCAGUCGAUUGAUACUACAGAUAAUUUUCAAGAUGUCUAUGACUUGAUGACACUGAAGACUCACCUACCGUGUGUUCUUCCGGAUUCGACAGAGACAUAUUCCGGAAAACAAGAGGAAAAUUACGAGUGUGAGCAGCCUACAAAGAAAGAACAAGAGAAGUCGCACGGAGUAUUCAACAGUCUCUUAGCUGAAUUGAGAAAUCGAGAUUGUGUACAAAAAGUACAAAAACCGAAAGUUUCAACUGAAUUAAUGGUUUUGGAGAAAAAAUUGAAUUACGAAAAAUCAGCCGUUGAUACUGAGAAAACAAGUGCCGCAACUCUCUUCAAUGUAAAAGAUCUCGUUGAUUCCGAUGAACACUCUUCGAAAUGCGAAAAUAUUAUACACAAAGAUUACUCUGCAAAAAUUGAAAUUUUGCAAGACAAAGUUAAUACUCUUUCAUUCGAAUCUUCGGAAGAGAAGAAAAGCAUUGAUGAAUCCGAUGACGAUUCUUUUAAGACGGCAACGUCCGUUCAAGAAGAUUCGCAAAUUUCAGAAAGCAUUUCUGAAUCUUCAGAAAUUUUAAAAUUGAAUAAUAAGGAAAAUAAUUUUGACAAAAUUAUCGAAUUAAAUUCAACAAACAAUGAAAAUGUCAACCAUUUGAUCAUAGACAAUAGUAAGAAAGAAAUAAUUUUAAAUACAGAGCAUAACGACGCGACUUGCGUGGAUGAGGAGAUUAAUGAUAAAUCAGAAAAAUCUUCUGACAAAGUGGAGCUAUUAAAAAUAAAGCGACAAUUUCCAACUGAAAUCAAAGAAUCUAAUUCUUAUACGAAGUCGCUCGUUCAAACGAUGGAUCGUUUAUCUCUUGAAAAAACGAGUCACUCUUCAAGAUUGAUAGGUAAAAGAACUCGCGAAGCCGAAGAUAUCGCGGUCAGUAACAAGAAAUCGUUCCUUAUCGAAGAAAUAAACUCCGGUAGAAAACAAGAGGAACGCAAGUCUCGUAGCCAAAUUUCUGAGAGAUGCAGACAGCAUCUGUUACAAGAAACGAAAAAAUUCACGAAAAAAGUAUCGCCGUUGAUCGACAAAUGCAUUACGAAUCUGAUAAAAGAGACAGAAAAUACUGAUGUAAAGUCGCAAUAUAAUAAAUAUGAGCGUAGAAGUCUUGGAGAAUAUCUACCAUCCAGUUACGUUUCAAAGAUGGACUUUGGUAAACACGCGGGCGAUGUUGGAGAACAAGACAAUUAUCGUGAUAAAUGCGGCAGUAAAUCUAACGAUGUAACAAAUGCAUCUUCUGAAAAACAAGAAUUGACGAUGGGACAAACAAUCAAUUUAGAAUCCACCACAUCGGCUAAUUAUUCUGAUACCCAAUCGCUUGCCAAACUUUUACGACAAUCCGAAAACUGUAAGCCAGAAUCAUCGGCAAUAAAUUUCAAUGCAUCAUAUUACAAAGAAUUUUGCGAUCAUCUGCACGAAUUAGAAAGCAAAAAGAAAUCGUUGAUUAAACCAGAUUUCAUGAUAAAAAAUCACGACUCAAAGGAACUAUUAUCUGACAAUAAAUUGUUACAAAAUACAGAAUGUUCGAUAAAGAAACCCUCGAUCGAAGUGAUUUCUGAGUGUUCUACAGCGUGUGAAGAUUCUAAAGAAUUUUUCAAACAAAAAGAAAUUAAAGAACAAUUAUAUAGUCCGCAAACUACUUCACAUUGUCAACAAAAAAAUGUCGCCCUCAGAGAGUCCGAAGAGAUGACUGAGAUUUCUGAUAAUUUUGAAAAGUAUAUUAAUCAAGAAAAUGCAAUUAAUUUGAAAGAAGGAAUAAAGAUUGAAACGUUUUCAACAUCAUGUUCAGUGGAAAUCACAGAAUGCAAAGAAGACUGUACAUUAUCAAAUGAAGAACUUAAACCUGUUGCUAAUAUGAAAAAAAAGAGUAUAGAAAUGCAAGUUGCGCAGGAGAAUUAGAGUGAAUCAAAGUUUUACUACGUUAUUCUUAAAUAAACAAUCGCAAUUAAUUUACUCAAUACACGAAUGAAAAUAUUGUAAAACUAGAAUGAACUUCACUUUUGGGGAGGAAGUUUUCGCGCGAUUAGAGAAUUCGUUAUGUGAUAUAAUGUUCGUUAGUUUAAGUUCAUAGAAUGUUCAAUAUUUUUCUUGCUUUUCUAUUUUAAAAUAAAUAUUUCAAAAUAUUAUUUUCAUAAGACUCAUUUUAAAUGCGGGAACUUUGAAACUGCAACGUCGAAAGAAACGACAGAUGGUGAAACGGAUCGAUCUUCUGCUACGUACACUUUAUUUUUGUGUCCACACUCACAUCAAUUAUAUAAUAAUAAUAAUAAUAAUCAUAAUAAUGACGAUGACGGUAUUGUUGAUGAACCGUAAUUAAUAAUAGCAAUAAUAAUUAAUCCAUAAUUAUGUGCAAUGAUAACCGGUCGCACGUGAAAGAAAUGGUAAUCUCUAUCACGUUUAAAUAUAUUAUAUCUUUACCGUGUCGCCUCUCUCGUCAAUCUAUGGCUUCCAAACAGAUCCUAGAUGGAUCUUGGAUCGCUUAUUUCCGCAGAAGCUAUCACCUUGUUACUUGGCAAGAAGCUCAUGAUAUUAUAAUAUAUUUAUAUAGUGAUACCGCGUGUAAAACGAAACUGUCCCCCUUCGUCAUCCGAUUUCUUUCGUCUGUGUCACUUCCUGUUUUUCCGCGCACUUUACCUCGUUAUUUGUGCAAAGGGAUCCAUACGAACGUACAUCCCUCUUUCGUCCCAAACAAACAUAAGGACUACGUACCCGCUAGGAUCGUUUAUAGUAAUAGAUUUAUAAAUAUGCAUGUAUAUAUCACCUCGCUCCUCCGCACAGGCACGCAAAAAUCAAAUUUGGUAUUUUGUUCUGUUUUUUCUUUUUUCUUUUUUUUGUAUCUUUGUUCUCAUCUCCUCACACUCUUACGUAGUUACUUUUAGUUCUCGUGCGCCUCUUUUCUCUCUCGCUCAUUCUCGUUUGCUCCCUAUAAUUGUAAGUUAUUCUUCGGACCGUGUCGAAUAUGUCGAGCAAGUGCGGAUCAAUGAUCGAGAAUGAGUGAAUCGCGACAAUUCGGGGAUUAAGUUUCUUUUGUGCGAAUGUGUGACCCUUGUCGCCAUCUCCAUUGAUCGGCGCUUCAUCGACACAUACACGUUUCUUUGGGUUUAUCUCCUCGUACUAUCGUAAUCGCGAUCAUAUUUAUGGUUGUUAACCGUCACGGUUAAUGAUUAUUUGAUGCGUUACAGUCCUUACACCUUACGACUUAUGGUUUACGUUACAGUAAGUAUCUUACAUGCUAAGUUUCUCCUUCCAAAAAUUGGAAAGUCCCUCGGUUUUUUUUGCUCUUUCUUUUGUCCCUGUUACUGUAGAAUCGUCGUCAACUUCAUCGUCGAAUACGUACAGUUUCGUCGAUAUCAAAAUCGAACGGCGCCUUUGUAGGAAACGAUGCUUCUUAUUAUCCACUUUAUUCCUCAAAGGAGAAUAUAAAAAAGAAGCAAUUGUCCUCGACACA